ACGAUGACGAUAUACAUGCAUUUCUCUGAAUCAAUUCGAGUUUAUAAUAGUAAUUAUAGCGGAAACGAGUUUCCAUUCCUCUGUAUGUUUACGCAUAAAAAAACUGUGUCACGUGACCCGGCGUGGAAGCGACGCAGUUGUUCAGAUACGAAUAUAAGUGUGUGCAACAUGGCAGAAGGUGAGGUGUUUGACGUGAUCCUAAUUGGGGGUGGGGUCGUGGGCUGUGCUACAGCCUUCCACCUCGCGAAUAUGGGAUACAGCUGCGCCUUACUUGAGAAGAAUGAUAACGUCCUCAGCGAAGCCAGCUCCGGCAACAGCGGCAUGCUCCACACAGGGUUUGAUGCUCCACAAGGGAGCCUGGAGCUGACCUGCAUCAAACUGUGUCAGCAGAGGAUCUACCACACCUUGGACAAGCUGGGGGUGCCAUAUACAAGGCUUGGGGCAAGCAUGGUGGCAUGGGAUAAUAUUCAGGUACUACCAGGAAUGGCAUGGGAUAAUGUUCAGGGGCAGAAACUCCAGGAGAUACAGAAAAUGUCUGAAGACAAACAUAUUCCUGACAUUUACAACAUCACAGCCUCCGAACUGUACCAGAUGGAACCCAACCUUUGUAGACAAGCCCACUCAGCUCUGUGGAUUCCAGGGGAGACAAUUGUCGAUCCCUGGCAUGUGCCUGUAGCUCUUCUUCAUCACUCCCGCAGGCAGGGGGCUCAGGUAUGGACAAACUGCAAGGUUCUUUCAUGCAGUAGACAAAGCUAUGGCUCCUGGACUGUCACAACUAAUAAAAACACCUUAAAGUGCAAGGCUGUCAUCAACUGUGCUGGUCUCCAUGGUGAUGAAGUGGACAAGUUGGCAGGGAAACAUGACUUCCACAUCAGGCCCAGGAAGGGGCAGUACAUUGUGUAUGGCUCACACAAAGGGAGUCUCAUCAACUCCAGCAUUCUCCCAGUUCCAACAGACAAAACGAAAGGUGUCAUAGCUUUCAAAUCUGUGUACAACAAUCUAAUCAUCGGCCCCACAGCGGAGGAUGUGGUGGAGCGCUCCAUUCCAGCACCUGACCCACUCAUUAAGGCCAGGCUCCUCCAUCAUGCCCAAAAGACAAUUCCAAACCUGAUCGGCUGUGAUGUCAUCGGAGAAUACACUGGUGUGAGGCCUGCCACCCAGUUUAAGGAUUAUCAGAUCACCAGCGACCAAACAAGACAGUGGAUCACAGUUGGUGGAAUUCGUUCCACCGGCCUGUCUGGAUGUCUGGGUAUUGCCGACCAUGUUGGCCAUCUUGUCAAGGAAGACCUGCAACUGGAGCCAACCCAGGGGCGGAGUCACCGCAUCAGCAGAGUGGAUUUGACCUUCCUCCCAGCCCAGCAGACUGCCACGGCAGAUGGGUGUACCUACUACAUGACCCAUCCCAUCACACAGCAUGGAACACAUGCAACAUCCAUGCUGUGAAAAAGACAGAGACAUCUGCUAUAAAACUGCUUGACACUGGCAGCAUACUUUCAAGGAUGGAUCUCACACGCUUUCAGGAAUUUAUGUUUGAAAAUGGCAGUCAAAACUUAACUAAAGUCUUGUUAUAUCAUAUUCGGUGUGAGAUACCCUGGUUCUAUUCACAUUAGUAUUAUGUGUCAUUACAUAAGCUGUUCCAAACAGGUCGGUAAUUAAUACAAAACACCUGUGUGAUAUAUUAAUACUUAAUCUUGUAUAUGUACAUAAUAUAAUACUCACAAAAAGCGAUUAGUGUGGUAAAAACUGUCAUAAAUGAAUGAUUAAUCCAAGAGCCAAAUAUGAAACUCCCCAACAAGUCACAAGAUAUUUGUAAAUAGAAAACAUCACUUUAUUCCCUUGCGUUAUCCAAUAUUUUGAAACAUUCUUUGUACCGGGUACACAACAAAGAUCCAAUUAUU